CAGAGAUUCCGCUGUAAACGCGCUAAUAUCCCGGCAGCCAGCGCAUGGCGUGCGCCUCUGGCGCCCGCCCGUAGCAGCGGCGUCCCCAGCCGCCCCUUGGUUCCCAGCCUGCCCCGCCCCCGCCUCCUUCCCCUCCUUGGCCAUGGCCACCUCUGGACGCCUCAGCUUCACCGUGCGCAGCCUCCUGGAUUUACCCGAGCAGGACGCACAGCACCUGCGGAGGCGGGAGCCGGAGCUACGCGCUCCCGGGCCCGGCCCCUGCGCCACCUGGUUGGAAUCCGAGCGCAGCCACUACCCCUCCUCGGACGAGAGCAGCCCGGAGACCAGCCCGCCCGACUCGUCGCAGCGGUCGUCCACUCGGCCGGUGUCUCCCGGCUCAGACGCUGAAAAGAGGAAGAAGCGCCGGGUGCUGUUCUCCAAGGCUCAAACGCUGGAGUUGGAGCGACGCUUUCGGCAGCAGCGCUACCUGUCCGCGCCCGAGCGCGAGCAGUUGGCGCGCCUGCUUCGCCUCACGCCCACACAGGUCAAAAUCUGGUUCCAGAACCAUCGCUACAAGCUGAAGCGCGCGCGCGCACCCGGCACGCCGGGGGCGGCGGAGUCGCCUGACCUGGCAGCCGCUGCCGAGCUGCGCGCCGCACCGGGCCUGCUGCGCCGCGUGGUGGUCCCCGUGCUGGUGCGCGACGGGCAGCCUUGCGGCAGCGGCGACCUAAGCACGACCUCCGCCCAGGACAAGAGCGGCGCGUCCCCGGCCGCCGCCUGCCCUCUGCCAGGCUACGCCGCCUUUGGGCCUUGCUCGGCUCUCGGCCUCUUCCCCGCCUACCAGCACUUAGCGCCCCCAGCCCUGGUCUCUUGGAACUGGUGAGGCCGUUGCGGGGCGCGGGCACCUGGGGCUACCCCGGACUUUGGAGUGACUCUGUGGCCCAAGCAGGGCUGGAAGCUGAGGUCCGGAGGGUUCCCCCGGCCCCACCUCUCUGCGGGCCCCACCUCCUUUGGCGCAGGGGUCCCCUGCUCCGCCCUCACCAGCCGCUGAGCAGGGAAAUUUAGCCAGCAUUUCCCCCUCUCCUCUUCCCUCGACCGCCAGCCCCGGAACUAGAUUUUAUUGCUUAAACCUUAUUUGUAUAUUUUUAAAUAGCUAUUUGUAUGGGAAGCAACUUAUUUUUAAAGAAAUAGAAUA